AUGAAGAGCCAUUUAGCCAUUUCAGUGCUUGCAACUCUGCUUCUUUCGGUUCAGGCCACCCCAGCCGCUAUUCCGGAACUCCAUGAGCGACAGUUUAAAGCUCCGGUUUCUUGUACUGCUACUGGCGGAUCCACUUCCAGCUGCAACAAUAAGGGCCUGACUCGAUACGGAUGUGCACACACUGAUAAAAAUCGCUGCUCUACAGUCGGUACAACGCCCGUUGGUUCCACUGUACAGAUCUCCUGUUACCAAUUCGGAGAAGUUUACGAUGGGAAUUCGAUGUGGUACACUCUGAACCCUCGAACGAAUGGCAUGAUGCCUGCCGCUUUCUUUUCCUCUUGCUACGGAAUGUCUCCAUGCUAG